AUGCUCCAGCCUCAGAGGGACGAUGGUGGAGGGCUGGUAAAGAUGGCGGCUCUCUCCGAGGAUGGGAGCUACGGAUUAAAUUGUGGCCAGCAGAGCGCCGACAGAGUCACCGUAUUACACGUCAAAUUGACCGAAACGGCGCUGAGAGCGAUAGAAAGCUACCAGAAGUGUAAGAAUGUAUCUUCACUGCGGCCAACGAUACAAUUCAAAGGACUCCAAGGGUACAUUAAAAUUCCCAAGACUGACUCCAACUCAGACCCUUUUCACAAUUUUGAUUUCUACCUGUCUAAUGUGGGGAAAGACAACCCUCAGGGAAGCUUUGAGUGCAUCCAUCAGUAUGUGUCCAGCUCAGGGGCCUCACACCUGGCAUUGUUGGCCACAGUACAGGACAAGGUCACAGUGUGUGCCACUAACGACUCCUACCAGGUGACCCGGGAACGCAUGACCCAGGCCGUCGAGGACACGCGCGAACGUGGGACCAAAGUCAUCAAACCCGGCGGCCAGUACAGAGGAAAACAAGUGCAGAUUCGAAAACCUGCACUUUCGACUCCGGAGGUGGUCCCAGAGCGCAAACGGUCCACACCUAUUAACCCAGCCAACACUAUUCGUAAGUGCCUUACCAAUAACCCCGUAUCCCAGCGGUCAUUCCGGGACCGCAUCAUCCAUCUUCUGGCGCUGAGAUCCUACAAGAAGCUGGAAGUGCUCGCCCGUUUGCAACGAGACGGAAUCAACCAGAAGGAUCGAAACUCUCUGGGGACCACCCUGCAACAGGUGGCGAACCUCAAUCCCAAAGACAACACAUACUCACUGAAAGACUUUAUAUACCGUGAUGUCCAGCGAGACUGGCCCGGCUACUCUGAGGAUGACAAGACCCAGGUUGACCGGAUCCUGACUCGCAAAUUAGGUCUUCCUACUGAGACAAUCUCAAGCAGUUCUCCCAAAGACGGUGGCCCAACAUCCCCGCAGAAGCGCCAGGCAGACUUUGACUUCAUCGAUCCCUUGGCUCCUAAGAAAGCCCGCAUCUCCCACCUCAGCAAUCGAGGGCCAGCCACAUCUUCAUCCUCCUCCGAUCGCCGCGAGGACGAGGGCAGCCCCAACCGAAAGCGCUCGUCCCUGCCCUCCAAUGCCACCUCGGGCCCUCCCACCCUCCUUCCCAUCUCCUCCCAUCCUCCCGCACCCUCUCACCAGCAGCCCAGCCCAGCCUCCCACUCCAACUCCCCCAGUACCCCGGAGGGCUGUGGCACCCAGGAUCUCCCCAUGGACCAGAGUUCCUCCUGCACAGACCCUUCGCCCAGCCCCUUUUCCUCCAGCAAGACCCUGCAGGACCGCUACCAACAGCCCAAUCCCAGGCCAGAUGCCUCUCCCAGCCCCCCUCCCCCUCCUCCUCCUCGCACUUCACUCACAGUUACCUCCACUGUCAUCACCAGCCAACCCGUGUCUGACGCCACCAACAAAAAGUCUAGAAAGAAAUCCAAGAAGCACAAAGAGAAAGAUCGAGAGAGGGAGAAAGGGAAACGAAAAGAAAAAGCCACCAAUAGUCCUCCCAGCGGAGCAGAGCAGCCGGAGGAGAGCCGUCGAGACAAAAAGAAGCGCAGUCCUGAGGACGUAAAAUCAGACCUCUGUCAAGUUCACGAUGAACAAGACUCAGCAGUCGAAGAAAAGCCAGUCCAGUCCACUGAAUUCUCAUCCGAUAUUGACAUCCCUGACUACGUAGAGAAGUACACACCGCUGGUCUCCACUGACCAGCGACAGACCUACAAGGAUGAUUUCAAUGCCGAGUAUGAUGAGUACCGCCUGCUGCACGCCCACAUAGAGAAGAUCACCCGCCGCUUCACCCAGCUGGAUGCCCAGUGUCGGAAACUGCCACCCGGCACCAAAGAGCACCAGAAGGUGCAAGAAGAAAUCUUGAAGGAGUACAAAAAGAUGAAAGAGCACAGUCCAAACUACCACAAGGAGAAGCUGCGCUGUGAAUACCUGCACAACAAGCUGGCCCACAUCAAGAGGCUCAUCGCUGAUUUCGACCAGCGCAAAGCCCAAGUCUGGUUCUGAGAGAGCAGCGCCGGACGGCCACACUGAUCAGUAUUUAGAACGGAUUGUCACACAGGGGAGGGGGGGUGUCAAACUUGCUCUUAUUUAUUAACACCCCUUCUGUUCCUGCCUCCACAACAAACCCUCCCUCCUCGUCCUCCUUUCCUUUUCCCAUCAUCCUUCUUCAUUCCUUCCUUUUUUUUUUUCUUUUCCUGAUGUUUGAUUCCACAGGCUCUGUCGCUGUCAUAGCCUGAAAUCUUAAAAAAAUCUUACUUAGACUUUAACCCAUCUUUUGCUUUCUCAAUUUUUUUUUUCUUCUUAAUUAGCUCCUGUGGAAUUUGAUACCACUGGACCAGUGGAAGGGGCAGUCUGCAUGUGUGAAGGGGUUUGCAGAUUAUCUUUAAGUCUUCUAGCCUUUUUUUUUUUUUUUUUUUCUGAAGGACUUUCAAAAUACAGUAAAAGCAUUUUUGAGCAUCAGAGAAAAUAUUAACUUUUAUUUAAGGAAAAACAAAAGAAAGAGGGAGAUCUAUUUAUUUUAAGACUCAUAGCGCGAAAUGAUAGUCAGCAGAUGAUAUAUUGUUUAAUUUCUCAAUGCAAAAAAGAAAAAAAAAUA